AUGGGUCGUGAAUAUGCUGUUAUUGCUUCUGCAGGGCCUACUGAUGUGGAACGUCCAGCAGGAGAAGAUUUGUCUGAAGAGUUCUACGAAGUCGAAAGAAUUGUUGAUCAUGAGAACACCAAAGAGGGAUUGUUCUACUUAGUGCGCUGGAAAGGAUUCACUGAGGCUGAUGAUUCCUGGGAACCAGCUGAGAACUUGUCACUUGCAACAAAGGCCAUCUUUGACUACGAGACUUCGAGGAAAAUAACCCCAAAGCGUGUGCGUUAUUGCCACGACGAUCUCUGGCUUAGGUUUUACUUUCUCCUCGUUCAAGACUAA